AGCUGGGAUAUAAAAUAGAGAUUUUAGUGUGGUUGAAGAUCUUCAUGUGGACAUGAAGCUUUAGAGAGUUUUAGACCAUCGCACCAUUUUAUAAUCUCCAGAUUGAGAUUUUCAGAUUUUUUUGGAGAUGUGUUCAAAGGCGUUUUUGCAAAGACUUUAUCUCUUCCUGCAUCUGACAGCUUACGUGGCAGGAUUAACAGGGAGAUGCAGUCUGUUCGGGCGGCAUCACAUUCACACCUUUGAUGGAGUUUUGUACGAGUUUCCAGGAGACUGUAGCUACCUUCUGGCUGGAGACUGCAACCAUCGCUCCUUCACGCUGCUGGGUGACUUUCAAGAUGGCAAAAGAUCAGGAGUCACAUUGUUUCUAGGCGAUGCCUUCGAGUUGCACCUGUCUAACGAUGGACGGCUUUCGCAAGGAGAAAAAAUAUUGUCUCUGCCGUAUGCCUCUCACGCUGUGUUUGUAGGCUCAGAGCUCGGUUCUUAUAAACUGUGGAGUGAAGAGUUUGGCUUCACCGUUACCAUCGAUAAUGCAGCCAACAUUGCCUUGACUCUCGCCAAACGCCACACCAAUCGCACCUGCGGCCUCUGUGGCAACUUCAACGCCAUCUCAGCUGAUGAGUACACCGCCCAGGAAGGAUUCCUGACAGAGGACAGUUACGAUUUUGCAAAUUCAUGGGCAGUAAAAGGGGCUGAUCAGUCAUGUCGACGUGUUUCAAGUCCCAGCCAUUCCUGCAACAGCACAAAAGGCACUGCAGCGAUCUUGUCCAGCUGCAGCGUGUUGCAAACCUCAAGCGUGUUCCUCCGCUGUGCCCAUCUGGUUUCUCCCGAAGCGUUCCUGUUGCUGUGUCAGGCCGAGGCCUGCUACUGUGAGCAGAAGGAUGCAGAAGACUGUUACUGUCCUCUCCUGUUGGAGUACGCUCGCACGUGCCAUUCUCACGGGAUCCUCCUGCACGGCUGGAUGGAGGAGAGCCAGUGCUUCCCCAAAUGUCCAAUUGGCAUGCAGUACAGUGAAUGCACCAAGUCCUGCUCUACAACCUGCCACAGUCUCAACAUACAGGAGGUCUGCAAGGAGGACUGUGUGGAUGGCUGCACAUGCCCCACCGGGAAGGUUUUAGACGGAAAUCGCUGUGUGGAGGUAACUCAGUGUUCCUGCACACACAUGGGACGGCAUUUCCCUCCAGGAUCAACCAUCUCCCAGGACUGCAACACAUGUGUGUGUCGCCAUGGAUCCUGGGAAUGCACCAAUGAAGACUGCCCUGGCGAGUGCUUAGUUGUUGGUCAGUCUCACUUCAAGACCUUCGACAACAAAUUUUUCACCUUCACUGGCCACUGUCAGUAUCUGCUGGCAAAGGACUGCACUCAGGGCGAAUUUUCUGUCAUUAUUGAAAACAUACAGUGUGCAGAUGAUCAAGAUGCCAUCUGCACGCGCUCUGUGAUGCUUAGUCUGCGCACUCUGGAGAGCAUGAUGGUGAAACUGAAGCAUGGUGGAGUUGUUUCUGUCAACAGCAUGGACAUCCAGACCCCAAUGCACCACGGUCACCUCCACAUCGUAAGAUCUGCUCAGUCCUCUGUCAGUGUGAAGUUUGGUGUUGACCUCCGUCUGGACUGGGACGGCCGAGGUCGUGUGCUUCUUAAGCUGGGCCCACGGUGGGCUGGACAAACGUGUGGUCUCUGUGGGAAUUACAAUGGUAACCAUGGUGAUGACUUCCUGUCUGGCUCUGGGCUGGUUGAAGCAAGCCCUCAGGUGUUUGGUCAGGCCUGGAGGAUCAAUGGAGACUGUGAAUCCACUCACAAGCAUGAAAUUGAUCCCUGCUCCACCAACCCCAAAAGAGUGCGUUUUGCAGAGGAGGCGUGUGCAGUGAUGAUGUCGGACGUGUUCAGUCCGUGCCACUUUCUGGUCAACCCGGGGCCGUUUCAGAGGUUUUGUCGUUAUGAUGUGUGCGCCUGUGGGGAUGGAGAGGAGUGCCUCUGCUCUGCUCUGGCUGCUUACGCUGCUGCUUGCUCUGCAAGAGGAGUGCUGCUCAACUGGAGGUCCCCAUCACUCUGUGAGAUCGAGUGCACAGGAGGUCAGAUCUACGAGGCCUGUGGGAGUGCGUGUGACCGGACGUGCCAUGCUCUGUCUGGAUCUGAGCCUGGCUGUGAGGGGGAGAGGGUGUGUGAAGAAGGUUGUUUCUGUCCUCCUGGGAAGUACCUGAACCCCUCUGGAGAAUGUGUGACAGCUGAUCUGUGCUCCUGCCUGCAUGAUGGACAGCUCUACCAGCCUAACGACGUCUACGCUGAUCACAGCAGCAUCUGCUACUGUGCGAAUGGCUCCAUGCACUGUAGCUCCACUGAAGCAACAUCUUAUCUGUCGGACCUUUUCUAUGAUGAUGAAAUGGUGCCAUCCAGGGAGCGAAGAUCAGCUGAGUGUCCCCCUCCCCUUGUCCGUGCGGGGUGCAAUGCAGGUGAGACGGGUCUGGAGUGUGCUAGAACCUGCCAGAAUCUGGAUCUGCCAUGUGUCAGUCUCACCUGCUUCCCCGGCUGCCUCUGCCCACCAGGCACAGUGCGUCAUCGCAGAGAAUGCAUUACACCCCAGCAAUGCCCCUGUUACCAUAACAACAGGCCAUACGCAGCAGGACAGACCAUCUCAGUAGACUGCAACACUUGCGUGUGUGAGAACAGGAAGUGGAGUUGUACAAAGAAGCUAUGUGAUGGCGUGUGCCGCACUGUAGGGGAGGGCCAUUACAUCACAUUCGAUGGGCUCACAUACUCCUUUCCCGGUCUUUGCCAAUAUGUUCUGGUUCAGGAUUCGUGUCACGGAGAGACCACCUUCAGGGUGUUGGUGGAGAAUGAAGCCUGUGGAAUUGUGGGUCAUCGCUGUGCUAAAGCUAUCUCAAUCUUCUACAAGGGCGGGCUGAUUGUGAUGCAGCAUGGAGAGGUGAAGAUGAAGAGACCAGUACCACAGAAUUCCCAAGUGGAGAUCAUCCGAUCUGGUCAGUUUUACACCCUUCUGCUGGGAAAAGACAUCUCCAUCAGCUGGGACAAAGGAACUCGCCUCUCAGUUCAUAUCUCAUCUUCCUACAUGGGCCAGGUGUGUGGUCUGUGCGGCAACUUUGACGGGAAUGUCAACAAUGAUGUGAUGAGCAGUAACAACCAGCUGGAAGUGGAUGCUUUACACUUUGGGAAUUCCUGGAAGGUCGUUCCCAGCUGUGCUGAUGUGACACAGGUACCAGUUCCUUGCAGUGACAACAUUGUGAAACUGGUUACAGUGGAGCAGUCGUGUCGUGUGAUCACCGGUCCUCUCUUUAAAGAAUGCAACAUCCAGGUGGAUCCAGAGCCAUAUGUGGACAUGUGUGUGAAAGCAGCGUGCUCAUGCUCCUCCGUAGGCGACUGUGCGUGCUUCUGUGACGUCAUCGCAGCAUACGCUCAAGCUUGCUCUGAAAGGGGUCUGUCCUUCACUUGGAGAUCCAGUGACCUUUGUCCCAUGAGCUGUGAGGAUCUGAACCCUAAGAGCCCAGAUGUGGGGGAGGAGUUAUGCCAGUGGAGGUAUAAUUCAUGUGGUCCUGCCUGUCCAAUCAGCUGCCAGCAUCCUGAUCCUCUUGUGUGUCCACUCACAUGUGUGGAAGGCUGCCAUUCUAUCUGUCCCUCAGGUCAAAUUUUGGAUGAGGUGUCAACGAGAUGUGUAGAUCCAUCUCAGUGUCAGGUGUGUAUCCAUGAGGGUCAGAGAAUCUCCCAUGGCAACAAGGUCAUCUUUAACCAUAACGAUCCCAACCACUGCAAGAUAUGCCACUGUGAGAAUAACUACCUGAGCUGUGAAGAUUGCACCUCCUUCAGCAUGUUCUCUCCUCCCACACCAACACCUACGUACGGAGCAUUCACAACCCUGGCCUUCACCACGUUGAUGCCCGAGGGCACGUGUGAUCGUGCGAUGGAUCUGGCUUUCCUCCUGGAUGGUUCUCAAACUCUGAGUGAAAAUGAAUUUCAAGCAACUAAAAUGUUCAUACUGGGAGUGGUGGAACGAUUCAGAAUGGGCUCGGCUCACACUCGAGCCACCGUGUUGCUUUACCACUCCGGGGUUAAAACAUACGAGCUGCAGGUCCAAAAAUGGCUUUUCAAGAAGACCGUGCGUGAGCUUCAUUACACAGGUGGAGAUGCAGCCUUCUUGGACGAGGCUGUCAAGUAUCUAGCCAUCAACAUCUAUGACAAAAACAAGCGUGAGCAUGCUGGUCGUGUCGCCAUCAUUUUGACGGCCAGCGUUAAUCCUCGACCCAUACGUUCCAUCGUCAAAAUGAUCCGAAAGAAAUCCAUCACCACUCUGACAGUGGCCCUAGGUCCAGAGGUAGAUAUGGGACAAAUUAACGAUAUCACCAAAGCCAACCCAGACAACAGGGCCUAUGUGCUUAGCAGCACAGGAGAACUCCCAGAUCGUCUCUUGGAGAUAACAGAUUACCUCUGCACCUUGGGGAUGGAGCCUGAGGAGCAGAAACCUCCAACACCAGCACCUACCAGACCCACAACUAGCACUUCGACAGUUCCACAUCUUCAGACAAACCCACAUCUAAGCAUCACUACUGCUCCCACCACACCCUCAGAUGUCACAUUCAUCCUGGAAGGCUCUGAUUCUGUUGGCCAGACCAACUUUAGCAAGUCACUUCUCUUUCUGGAGGAAGUUAUCUCCCAGCUAACUGAAGAAAAUGAGGUCAUACGGAUCACUGUGAUCCAAUACUCUGUUACGGUCACUGUGGAGAUCAGUCGCUGGGAACUAAGGAAAGAGAAGUCUCUUUUGCUCAAACGCCUGCGUGAGAUUCAUUGGAGAGGUGGAAGUCAGACAAACACUGGAGCAGCUGUCAAUAUGACUCUCCAGGAAACGGCCACAGUCAAACCAUCACAAAGCCCCGCCCCUCCUCAGCUCGUCUUUCUGGUGACAGGAAAUCCUCCUACUGAUACAGUCACACGCCCACCCACUACAAGCACCCAAACACACGUGUUCCCUAUUGGUGUUGGACCAAAUAUACAGGAAAUAGACUUGCAACAUCUCAGCUACCCUAACCAGCCAAUGAUGGUGACAGACUACAACCAUCUAACAACCCUGGUCCACCGUGUUGUUAACAUCACACGUACCACAGUCAGGCCCCAGUCACCCGAACUUCCUCCCCUAGUCCCCAACACACACUCCGUCCCCCCACCAGCAGAGCCGUGUAAGAAGCCUGUGGACGUGAUGUUCCUGUUGAAGGCUGGACAGCAGCUCAAGGACAUGAAGGCGUUCGUAAAAGCUUUCAUCACUCAGUCAGAUAUAGGAUUGAAUGGCACUCUGGUGAGCGUGGUUCAGUAUGGAGAGACCAACACGGCGGAGUUCAUGUGGAAGAAUCAGCAGAGCAAAUCAAACCUCCUGAAGCUGGUGGAGAGCAUCCCAAGCAGAGCCUCUGCAGCUCCAGCACUCGGAUCUGCUCUGAGAUUUGCUUUGCAAACAUCCCUGUCAUUUGCCAGUGGUGGGAGAACUGGCGUACCGAAGGCUGUGGUCAUGCUGGUGACCGACAAAUCAAGUGAUGAUGUCAACAAAGCGGCUACGGAGGCGGUGGCAGCAGGUGUGUCAGUGUUUCCAAUAGGGAUUGGAUCAAGCUAUGAUAAGACUGAGCUCAGUAUACUGGGUCGCCAUGGUAACCAAGACAACACUCUGAGCCUUAGCAACAUGGAUCAGCUGCGAAUGUUGCUGACUUUGGACAAGAGCUACUUUGAGAAAAUAUGCAGAGCUGGUCCUACAAGAGUCUGUGUUGAUGAUUUGGGGAAUGAGAAAAAGUCUGGUGAAUCGUGGCUGCUGGAAGACGGCUGUCACUCGGUCUUGUGCCACUCCAGUGGAGAAAUGACGGUACAAAAUCACAAAGUUAGCUGUGACAAACUGGAGCCGCCGGCAUGCAGAAACAACAUGCAACCUGUCAGGGUCCAGGAGGCCUGCAGCUGCCACUGGGAAUGUCCAUGCAUGUGUAUGGGUAGCUCAACCAACCACGUGGUGAGGUUUGACGGCUUGCCUCUCCGGCUGGACGGAGAGGGAUCGUGCUCCUACACACUUUUCACCAUCAGCAAAAGCAUCACUCAAAGCUCAGAGGUCAAGCUUCACACUGGACCUUGUCAAGACUCAGAGAAGUACAACCAGAUCUGCAUGAAGGCCAUGGAGGUGACCCAUGGAGAAUAUAAGCUGAUGCUGAAGGAUGACAUGACGGCCAUGAUUGAUCGGGAAGUGCUUGCACUGCCGCUACAGUUUGCCGGCAUGGAGCUAGUGCGCUAUGGAGGAGUGAUGCUACAGCUGAAAUCAGAUCUCGGCUACGUUUUGACUUUUACGCCUCAAAGCAAUGAGUUUACCAUCACGUUACUCAGCUCAGCUGCCAGCGGUCACACCUUCGGACUCUGCGGUGCAUGUGGAGAGGAGAAAGUUAAUGUCAUGUCAUUACGUAACGGUAGCACAACCACCAACCAGCCGGCCUUCAUCUCAGACUGGACCACGGCUGCAGGUGGUGGUGCUUGCUUGCCCAAAGCGGAGGCGGUGUGUUUGCCUGCAGUGGCGAUGGGCUGUCAGGCCCUACGUUCUGAGGUGUUUGAACACUGCCAUGCCCACAUUUUUGUCCAGCACUUCAUCACCAAUUGUGAAGAGAAGGCAUGUGAGGAGUCAGAUGUGUGUGAGAUCAUUUCUACCUACGCACGCCUCUGUAGACAAAGGGGUGUGUGUGUGGACUGGCGGAGCCCCCAUCUCUGUCCCUUUAAGUGCCCCAGCUCCAUGGAAUAUGAAGCAUGUAGAACAGGAUGUGUGGAGGACUGUGGCAGCAUACACACACUGCAAGGUGCCUUGUCAGUUGCUAGGGGUAACGAGUCAUCCUGUAUAGACACGCCUACAGAAGGCUGUUUCUGCACUGGAGGGAAGGUUUUGCAUCGUGGACAGUGUGUCUCACCUGAAGCAUGCGGGCAGUGUGUCGACCAGCAAGGACACACUCAUAAGCAUCUAGAGGGUUGGAUACCAGAAGACAACCCAUGUUUGAUCUGCAUGUGUUUGGACCAACAACACAUCAACUGCACUGCCAGGCCCUGCAAUGACUUCAAAGCUCCAGCUUGUGGACCCUGUGAGACUCUAAAAGAAAAGAAGGGAUCCAAGUGCUGCCCUGAGUAUGAGUGUGUGUGUGAUCUUGGGAAGUGCGACCUGCCUGAGGUGCCCCUCUGUCUGAACGGUCAAACCGCGGUGCUGAAAAAUCCCGGCGAGUGUCAGCCCGCCUAUCAGUGCGUGUGUAAAAAGGAGGAGUGUUCUCUUCAAGCUCCCCCUGAAUGCUCGGCUCAUCGCCAGCUGUCAGUCAAAAAGACAGCAUGCUGUGAUGAGUUUGAGUGCACGUGCAACUGCCAGAACUCCACCCACACAUGCCCUAUCGGGUUCGUCACGUCCUCCUUUACAAACGACUGUGACUGCACAGAGAUCCUGUGCAAGCCUGAAAAGGUGUGUGUUGUCAGUGGCACCGUUCACCCUGUGGGAAGUGAAUGGGAUCAAGGGUGCAAGAAAUGCACAUGCACAGAACUCCAGGACAAAGACACAUCUCUUCAUGUUGCUCAGUGUAAACCACCUAUUUGUGAUCAGAAUUGUCCCCUGGGUUCAACAUAUAUUCAGACUAACGAAGAGUGCUGUGGGAAGUGCACACCAAUCAGUUGUGUGGAGACAGAGGGAGAGGUGAAAGGAAAGCCUCUUACUGAGGGGAAACUCAGACACGUGGGUGAGGUGUGGCCGUCUCCACAUGAUAAGUGUGUCCUGUAUCAGUGUGUGAAAGUGAACAAUGAGGUAUUCAUCUCUCAAACAAACAUCAGCUGUGCCAUCAUGGACACUCCAAGCUGUCCACUGGGGAACGAGCUCCGUUGCGACACCCAGGACUGCUGCCCCCGCUGCCGCUGUGUUCCUAUGAAUGGCUGCAUCCUCAAUCACACUGUGAUCGGAGCAGGGGAGAGAUUGAUGGUUGAUGCGUGUACACAGUGUGAGUGUACAGUGAAUAUUGGCCCAGUCACAAAAUAUAAACUAUCCUGCAGACAAACCAGCUGCCCAGCUUGCCCCAGGGGAUACACAAUGCAGAAGGAGGAAGGGAGUUGCUGUGGACGUUGUGCUGCCACUGCCUGCUUUGUACAAAAACCAGAUGGAAAGCUCAUCAGUGUACAAGUCAACACAACUAGUGAGGAUGGCUGCAACUUGCAUACCUGUGGUGUAAACAGCAGAGGAGAUCUUGUCCUGGAGACAAGAGUGACCACCUGUCCUCCUUUGAACCGCCAAGUCUGUCUGGAUCAGGGGGGGAAAGUCAGUAAGAUUGGAAACACGUGCUGUGAAAUGUGUUCUGAACCAGAGUGUCGGAGGACAGCAGGAACACUCAACUAUGUCAGCGUAGAUGACUGCCAUUCAGAGCAACAGGUUGAGCUGCACUAUUGUGAGGGCAAAUGUCGCAGUAAAUCGAUGUACUCGCUGCAGAGUGCCGCCGUGGAACAGGAGUGUGUGUGUUGUGCUGCCGUGGAAACAGAGCCUCUCAGUGUGCCCGUUCUGUGUGCCAACGGCACUCGGAGCCACCACACUGUCCUGUCUGUAACUUCCUGUGAUUGUAUGUCCAAACACUGCACCUGAACAGAAACUGAGUUUAUCAAUGUUGAUAUUAUGUGUGUAUUCAUGUCAUGAAAAUGUACCCUUAUAGAAUAAUCCAACAACAAACAGCAAUAAAACACAUGACACUUUUUCUAAAAGAUGUAUUCCUAUAUGAAAUAAAAUCAUUACAAAUUUAGUUUUUAAGCUGAAUCAAGUCUAAUACAACAACUGUAUAAUAUUUUAAGUAUUUAUAAAUAUUACAGUCAGAAGGCGGGAAAAUAAUAGAGAAAUAAAAUUGGCCCUUGCCACUUUUAGAACUUCCACCAGAGGGCAGUAGACCUGUAUGAGACUGGAUAAGGUAAGUUUCUGGUUGAACCACAUGUUAACAGGGAUCAUAUGUGUUUCCAUUGCCACAGCUCAGUGCAGCAAGGCAUACUUUGUUACAUUUAACUUCUAUUCAUCAUUAAAGGAGCAAUAUGUACGAAAUCUA